AUGGUUCCUAAUCUCUAUUGUGAUCUCCCGAGUGCAGCUGAAGAGUUCCUGCUGGCAGCACACAUUCUCAAGUUCGACUUUGGUUUCUCCUUUGUAUGCUUCCUCACAUCCGCCGUGGUCAAGAUCAGCGUUACCUUGGUACUCUUCCGAAUAACGACAAUCGCCGCUAACAUCGCCACCGUCAUGAAACUCACCGUUGUCGUCGAAUGGCAGAUCGUCACCGUGGAUGCCGACGUCAACGCGCUCUGGUUCCGACUAGUCACUUAG